AUGGCGGGUCAAGUAAUUAUCAAUGAAUUUUUAACAUUUGUGCAAAAUAAAAUAGAUAUCUUAGAUGAAUUGAGUAUAGUGCAGAUUUGUGCUAGCAAUUUUUCCGAUGCUGAAAUUGAAGAUGGCAAGUGUGUUUUAUAUAACAUAUGUGGUGACAAGGUACGAAAUGUCCAUAGAAAAGGAGAAGAUAAAAAGAAGCGAAAUAUUAAGGACGUUAUCAAGCUACUGAAGGAAGUCGACCCUGAUGCCCAGCCAACUUUUGUUGCUAAAGACCUGAAUCGCUUGCCACCGGUUUCAUUUGACUAUAUCGAUGUAACUCGAUUGUUAAAAGAUAUGACAAUUAUGAAGACGGAACUAUCUGAGUUUCAAACUAAGAUGAGUGCUGAAAUUAAUGAGCUGCGUAAUGCAUUUGAACACCAGAAAAAUAAAUGCAAAGAAACUAGUACGUCCCAGUUAACGCCCGUGCAUUCAAACACGCUACCGCUUAUGCCUAUACCACGUACUAACAAUACGAAACCGGUUGAAGCAGAAUUUACGCCAACGUAUAGGGAUAUUGUACGCAAAGUGUUGCGCCCGCGACGUACUAAAUUCGACCAUAUGCGAACGACACCGAAAGAUGAGAUUCGCAUGCUUAGUAAGAACGGACUAAGUUCAAAGUCGAACGAUAACGAGCAGUUUGAUUGCGAUGAUAACUUUACAUUAGUUAAGAAUAAAAAACGUAAAUAUAAAAUUAAUAAUUUGCGAGGAACUUGUGAAACUACGGGAAAGAUACGAGUCGUAGAAUCUCAAUGUUCGAUUUACGUUUCUCGUGCGAUGAAAUCUGUCACUGUAUCGGAUAUAAUCGACCAUAUUACGGACAUGGGUGAACAAUGUUCUAACGUGGAGUUACUACAGCAGUUUAAUGAAACGUCGUUUAAUUCUUUUAAAGUACAAUACCGACGAGUAAAA